AUGCUUCGGAACUUUCACCCACCAACGAUUCGCCAUCUUCCUCAGGCUCGAGCAAGGUGCCAGUGUGGCAUUCCAACCAAGUGCUCCUCUACCAGUUUUCUCACUCAUCCAGGUUCUAGCACAUACAAAACCUCGGCCUAUCCAAGCGGGAUUAGCGGCUUCGAACAAAGUAAAGCUUAUCACUCGUUCAAUCCUAUAACUAAAAUAAUCUAUCAAGCGACGCCGUUAGGGUUGUUAUGUUCUCGCAGAAACUUCUCGGAUAAAGGCGACAUAGGCAAGCAAAUGCUUCCUUCUACUUCAACUAAUCGCAGCCCCGCUAGAACUGCCAACCCCAAUCCAUCCACACCAACCCACAAAGAAGAUUGGAAAAUUAUCAGGCAUCUAUUACCGAACAUAUGGCCGAAAGAUGAUCGUACGACCAAGAUCAGAGUGGUAACGGCACUCCUUCUUCUAGCUGGCGGCAAGAUUCUAAAUGUACAAGUACCCUUCAUGUUUAAACACAUUAUCGACUCUCUCUCGAUUCCUUUCGACCCCAAUACGGUUCAAGGUGCUUGGACAGUGGUAGGUACCAUGAUAGCCGGAUAUGGACUUGCAAGAAUAUCCGCAGCGGUAUUCUCCGAAUUAAGGAGUGCGAUCUUCACAAAUGUAGCUCAGUCGGCAAUCAGAAGGGUAGCUCGAAGUGUAUUCAUUCAUCUGCUUAACGUGGAUGUUGGGUUUCACUUACGAAACCAAACGGGCGGUCUAACAAGAGCCAUCGAUCGAGGGACCAAGGGGGUUUCCUUUAUGCUUUCGUCAAUCGUCUUUCAUGUCGUACCGACAGCUUUAGAAAUUAGCAUUACCUAUAACUUUGGGGCCAACUACGCUGGAAUUGCUUUCGCUACGAUGCUGGCUUACAGCUGGUUCACUAUCCGAACGACUGCAUGGAGGCUUCAAUUCCGAAAACGAGCCAACGAAGCCGACAAUCGGGCAGCCAGCGUACUGACCGACUCAUUAUCCAACUAUGAAACCGUCAAGCAUUUCAACAAUGAGGCAUAUGAGAUCGAGCAGUAUGAUCGAGCUCUACAAAGAUACGAAAAAGCGACAAUAGGAAUUUACAAGAGUCUAGCGUACCUGAACAUUGGCCAGAGUGUUAUUUUUUCGGCCUCAUUGACGGCGAUGAUGUACAUGGCCGCUCAGGGUGUUCUGAAUGGUCUGAUGACCGUUGGAGACCUGGUAUUGAUCAACCAACUGGUAUUUCAACUUAGCUUGCCGCUUAAUUUCCUAGGAUCGGUUUAUCGGGACCUUAGACAGAGUUUAAUCGACAUGCAGACCCUGUUCAAUUUACAGCAAACUUCCCUCAUCAUCAAAGACAAACCAGAUGCCAAACCUCUUCAGAUUACGAAAGGAGGAGAGAUACGGUUCGAAAACGUAUCAUUCCAGUACUCGUCAUCAGGCACGAUUUUCAAAGAUCUUUCAUUUGUGAUUCCGGCGGGGAAAAAAGUAGCCUUGGUAGGGCCAUCUGGAUGUGGAAAAUCGACGUUAUUCAAGCUAUGUUUCAGGUUUUACGAUAUUGACCAGGGACGGAUCUUGAUUGACUCGCAAGAUAUUCGGGAUGUCACCUUGGCUAGUCUUCGGUCUCACAUUGGGAUCGUGCCACAGGACUCGAGUCUUUUCAACUCAGAUGUAAUGCACAACAUCCGAUAUGGCAGGCUUGGAGCGUCCGAUGAAGAAGUCCAAAAAGUCGCCCGACUAGCUAAGCUCGACCGAUCGAUCGAGAAAUGGCCCUCUGGUUGGAACUCUCUGGUCGGGGAAAGGGGUCUCAUGAUUAGUGGUGGGGAACGCCAGAGGUUAGCGAUCGCACGCUCGAUGCUCAAAGAUCCCUCGAUCCUCUUCUUUGAUGAAGCCACUUCCGCUCUGGAUGUUUAUACCGAACAAGAACUGAUUCGGAAUAUCGGAGAAAACUUACUCAAUAAACACCGCACCAGUGUCUUUAUUGCACACAGAUUAAAAACCAUCGCAGAUGCCGAUUUGAUCAUUGUACUGAAUGAUGGGAAAGUGGUCGAACAAGGGAAUCACAAAGAGCUAAUGAACAUCGAAAAUGGAACUUACAGAGGCAUGUGGCUCAGUCAAUCCGCCACGCCUACCGCAAAUUCAAAAGGAAACGUGGAUAAUCAGAUCACAUCGACGUAG